AUGGGGAAAUUGAUCAGAAUGGGAACACGGGAGAGGCGGUUACUCCGGCCAAAACGGCUUCAUUGGAGUCGCCUCCUCUUCCUGUUGGGAACGUUGAUCAUCGGUUCCACCUACCAGCACCUGAGGAGCUCCCGGGGCCUCCCCUCAUUGUGGGCAGCAGUGUCUUCCCAACACCCCGUAAAACUGGCCAGCCGUGACCUCUCUAACAAUGAUAUGAUGAUGGUGAACAGUGAUCCUCCAAGAGCUAGCUCUGAAAUGGCAGGUGAUACACUGGUGCCCCAAGCUACAGUUGACAGGGGUGAAGAAACACCUGGCAUAACAAUGGAGAAUACUCCCUAUCCACCCAGAAGGACAGCCAACACCACUCCAACAACACUCAAGAAUAACUAUAACCUAACAGCAGCAGACACAGAAAGAAUGGAGGAAGACACCACAACCACACCCAGCAGAGUACUGAAUCACUACACCCCAACUUCAAGCAGACCAACAGUAAAGAAUCAUACCUCAGCAACACCACCCAGCAGAGAAAUGCAGAGCUACCACCCAACUCAGGCUGGGAGAAAGGUGAAGAAAUACACCCCAUCUCCACUUGAUAGAAUAGUAGGCAAUUAUGCCCCAUUCCCACUCAUGACAAUGACAAAGAGCCAUGGGAUCACCCCCAGAACAACAGUGAAAGACAUUGAAGCUAUGACAACCACCAAAAUAUUGAAGACCAACCCUAUUAAGAGAAUGGUAGAGGAAACCACCCCAACUACUCUCAAGGGAGAAAUUCAUACAACCCCAACUUUCCUGGUAAAUGACAUAGAAACAAACAUCUUGACUUCUCCAAGGAGUAUGACAGAAGAGAACACCCUGACUACCACCAGAAGAGUGGACAAUAAUAGAUCAACCAAGCCCCGGGGGUCAGUGAGAAAGAACAAGCUGACACCUCCUCUGGAAACGGUCCUGGAGGACACCACAGCCAUCUCUGAGGGGCAAGUGACAAUACGCACCACAACAGGCAGUAGCCCAACAGAAACCAAAGCCUCUACCGCUACCUGGAGUAUUAGUAAUCCCUUGUCUAGAACCAGUGCAUCGACCACUGGAAUUUCCUCCACCACCUUCUGGGGGCUGGCAAAGAGACUUUCCACGGCACCAAGGCCCUCAGCAUCCUCCGAGGCCAGGGCAAAUCCAACCAUCCAGGUCCAUCACUGUGUGGUUGUGGAGCCAGCCCCAGUGGUGCCCCCUGCCGCCUCCCCCAGCCUGACAACAGCUAUGAUCCCAGAGGUGCCCAGUUCCAGUCCCUCAGCACUGCCUCCUGGCUGGCCAGACCUUCACACCAAGGGAGAGUACCCCCCAGACUUGUUCAGCAUAGAGCAGCGGCAACAGGGCUGGGUGGUCCUGCACAUCUUUGGCAUGAUGUAUGUGUUUGUGGCCUUGGCCAUCGUGUGCGAUGAGUACUUUGUCCCAGCCCUGGGUGUCAUCACAGAUAAACUACAGAUCUCUGAUGAUGUGGCGGGUGCCACCUUCAUGGCUGCUGGAGGCUCUGCCCCUGAGCUCUUCACCUCCCUCAUUGGCGUCUUCAUCUCCCACAGCAACGUGGGCAUUGGUACCAUCGUGGGCUCUGCUGUGUUCAACAUCCUCUUUGUCAUUGGCACCUGUGCCCUCUUUUCCCGGGAGAUCCUCAAUCUCACAUGGUGGCCCUUAUUCCGUGAUGUCUCUUUCUACAUCCUUGACCUGAUAAUGCUCAUUAUCUUCUUCCUGGACAGCCUCAUUGCCUGGUGGGAAAGCCUGCUGCUGCUGCUGGGCUAUGCUUUCUAUGUGUUCACCAUGAAGUGGAAUAAGCAGGUGGAGGUCUGGGUGAAGGAGCAGCUCAGCAGGAGGCCAGUGGCCAAGGUCAUGGCCCUAGGGGACCUCAGCAAGCCCAGCCAUGGGCCAGUCAUGGUGAAUGAGCUACAGGAAAACAAGAGGGUCAAGCUCCCGGCCGUGCUCCCAGCAGUGCUGACGCGAGAGAGGAGCUUGGCCUCUCUGCACAACAGUACCAUCCGCAGCCCCAUCUUCCAGCUCAUGCUCCACAGCCUGGACCCUCUGGGAGAAGCCCGCCACUCCAAGGACAAGGAGGAGGAGAGCUUGAGUAAGCAGGCCAAAGCCAAGCCUCAUGCUAAAGCAGAGAACAAACCAGAAGAGGAGGAGCCAGCCCAGCUUCCUGGGGCCACGGUCACGCCAGCCCCUGCUCCAGAAGUCAAGGGAGAUCAGGAGGAGGAUCCCGGUGGUCAGGAAGGAGAGGUGGCUGAGGCUGAGAGCACAGGUGAAGUGACAGGUGAAGAGGCUGAAGCUCCUGGUAGAGGUGAAAAUGGACAACAAGGUGAAGGUGAAACUCAACUGGAAGGUGAAGGUGAAAUUGAAGCAGAAGGAGAAAGCGAACAUGAAGGUGAAAUCGAAGAAGGAAAAUGCGCCAAUGAAUGUGAUCCUGGAGGUGAACUCCAGGCAGAAGAUGGUGAAAUGAAAUCUGAUGAGGGUGAAAAUGAGGAGCAGGAACUCAAUGCUGAAUGUAAAAGUGAAGCCAAAAGUGAUGAGAAAGAUAGAGAUGCUGAAGGGGGCGGAGAAGGACAUGGAAGUGAAGAUGAAAAGGAGGAAGAGGAGGAGGAAGAGGAGGAAGAGGAAGAUGAGGAGGAGGAGGAGGAAGUGGAGGAGGAGGAGGAGGAGGAAGAGGAGGAAGAUGAGGAGGCAAAUGAGGAGCCUUUGUCCCUGGAGUGGCCAGAGACGAGGAAGAAGCAGGCCAUUUACCUGUUCCUCCUACCCAUUGUGUUCCCACUGUGGCUGACAGUGCCCGAUGUCCGGAGGCUGGAGUCUAAGAAGUUUUUUGUUCUUACCUUCCUGGGAUCUGUCGUGUGGAUUGCCAUGUUCUCAUACCUCAUGGUAUGGUGGGCUCACCAGGUUGGUGAAACAGUAGGGAUUUCUGAAGAGAUAAUGGGUUUGACGAUCCUAGCAGCAGGCACGUCCAUUCCUGACCUCAUCACCAGUGUGAUUGUCGCUCGGAAAGGCCUGGGGGACAUGGCCGUGUCAAGCUCUGUGGGCAGUAACAUAUUUGAUAUCACGGUGGGCCUGCCUGCCCCUUGGUUGCUCUUCUCUCUCAUCAAUGGAUUACAGCCUGUUCCAGUCAGCAGCAAUGGCUUGUUUUGUGCAAUUGUUUUGCUUUUUCUCAUGCUCUUGUUUGUGAUCUCUUCAAUUGCCUCAUGCAAAUGGAGAAUGAACAAGAUCCUGGGCUUCACGAUGUUCCUUCUUUACUUUAUAUUCCUGAUAAUGAGCGUGAUGUUAGAAGAUCGAAUCAUUUCCUGUCCCGUAUCUGUCUGAGUCAGAGUC